AGGAGGAAACUGGACGCUGUCUAUUACUACAUGCGCAGCCUGGCGGCCAGCAACCCCAUCCUGACGGCCAAGGAGAGCCUGACCAGCCUCUUUGAGGAGACCAAGCGCAAGGCGGAGCAGCUGGAGCAGAAGAGCCCCGCCGAGGGCAGCCAACGGAGCAAGAAGGCGGCUUUCCGGCCCUCCGGGGAUGACGCCACCCGCCUGGAGCUCUGGAUCCACCCCUCCCACCCGCGCUCCGGCCAGGACCACGAGGCCAGCCGGGAGCCCCAGCAGGACGGCGGCCUGAGCAGCCUCAGCCCCAGCGAG